AUGGCUAUCGAGGGGGAAAUACGCCGCCCAUCGCGCGUGUCUAUCGGGCGCUCAGAAACGGGUCCCGAGACGGACAAGGCAGACCGCACGCUGGAGGACCUGGGAUAUACCCCGGAACUGGCGCGUAACCGCUCCGUCUGGCAGGUCACCUUCAUGUGCUUCAUUCUCUCGUCCGUCCCCUACGGCUUGUCGACUACCUUGUAUUAUCCUCUCGCCGCGGGUGGCCCCGCCAAUAUCAUCUGGGGCUGGGUCCUCAUCUCGUUCCUGAUCCUGUGCGUCGCCGUCUCGCUCGCGGAAAUCACCUCGGUUUAUCCCACGGCCGGGGGCGUCUACUACCAAACAUUCGUUCUGUCUCCGCUAUGGUGCCGUCGUGUCGCGUCGUGGAUUUGCGGUUGGUCAUAUGUCGCGGGAAAUAUCACCAUCACCCUCGCCGUCAACUUUGGAACCACUCUACUCUUCGUCGCUUGCCUUAACGUUUUCGAGAAGGCUCCCGGAGUUGGUAUCACCGAUGAUUUCCAGGCUUAUCAGAUCUUCUUGCUUUUCUUGGCUAUCACUCUUCUCACGCACGCUAUCUCGGCCUUUGGAAACAAAUGGCUACCCUGGCUGGAGACUUUUGCCAUUUUCUGGACUAUCGCCGGUUUGAUCGCCAUCGUCGUGUGUUUGUUGGCUGUUGCGAAGGAAGGCCGCCGCUCGGGUGCCUGGGUCUUCGGUCACUUCGAGACGCAAGCCGGGUGGCCGGCCGGCUGGUCUUUCUUUAUUGGAUUGUUGCAAGCCGCCUACGCCACUUCGGCCACUGGCAUGAUCGUCUCUCUCUGUGAAGAAGUUCGUGAACCCGCCAUCAUGGUCCCCAAGGCCAUGGUGGGUACUAUUGUGAUCAACACCAUCGCCGGUCUCCUCUUCUUGAUCCCCGUCUGCUUCGUCCUUCCCGAUCUGACGAUGCUGGUCAACUUGGCCUCCGGUCAGCCCACGCCCGUCAUCUUCAGGCACGCUCUCGGUAGCUCGGUCGGUGCCUUCUGCCUGAUGAUCCCUUUGCUGGUUCUCGGCAUCAUCUGCGGAGUUGGCUGCGUGACGGCCACAUCGCGGUGCACCUGGGCCUUUGCUCGUGAUGGUGGUAUUCCCGGCUCUGGUUGGUGGCGCAUCGUCGACAAGAAGCUCGAAAUUCCCCUGAACGCGAUGAUCCUGGGCAUGCUGGUCGAGAUCGCAUUGGGUGCCAUCUAUUUUGGUUCGACCGCUGCCUACAAUGCUUUCUCCGGUGUGGGGGUCAUCUUCCUGACCAUGAGUUACGCCUGUCCGAUUGCCGUCUCCUUGUUCUUCCGCCGUCGUGAGGAUAUCAAGAACGGUCGUUUCAACUUUGGAAUCUUUGGCGCCAUCGCCAACGUGAUUGCUCUCGGCUGGAGUGUCCUCGCUAUUCCUUUAUUCUGCAUGCCGACCCUGAAAGCUGUCACUCUGGAAAGUAUGAACUACGCCUCGGUGGUGUUUGUUGGAUUUGUGUUCAUCGCCGCCGUUUGGUACAUAAUUUGGGGCUACCAAAAUUACCGCGGUCCGCCUACCGAUGCAGUUGAACGCGACAGCGACUCGCCCUCAGUGCCCAAAGCAACCUCCAAGCUCUCCAGCAAAAUCAUCGCUGAAAUCGACAGCAAAUCCCGCCCAGAACUCGACAGCAAAUAA